GAAGAUGACUGUAUAGACUACGUUCGGUAUCCGCUCCGUUAGUGUUUGUCCCUGUGUGACAGCAACAACAAAAAAGAAAGUCAGGAAACGAAAUCUAACUUUUUAAUUUCCUUUGAGGGUUGCAUUGCUGAACCUAUCCGCAGUUGGCAUCUGUCACGUCACACUUUUGGCAUCCGAGCAUCUGUGGCUCUGCACAGGCAAAACUAAUUUCAGUGAACAGGACUUUUUUUCUAUCGGUUUUAUUCCUUUUUUAAACACAGUUUCUUUCCAGAUAACAGCAUGAACACUCUGAAUCAACAAUAUGACGAGAAGGUGCGUCCCUGCAUCGACCUCAUUGACUCUCUUCGCUCUCUGGGUGUAGAGAAGGACUUGGCGCUGCCAGCUAUCGCCGUGAUUGGAGAUCAAAGCUCGGGGAAGAGCUCCGUGUUGGAGGCGCUGUCAGGGGUGGCUCUGCCUAGAGGAAGUGGCAUUGUGACAAGAUGUCCUCUCGAACUGAAGAUGACGAGAAAGAGAGACGAAAAGAUGCGAUAUGGAAAGAAGUGGUACGGAAAGAUAAGCUACCAGGACUGUGAGGAAGAGAUAGAAGACCCUACAGAUGUGGAGAAAAAGAUCAGAGAAGCUCAGAAUAAAAUGGCCGGGGUCGGGGUGGGGAUCAGUGAUGACCUCAUCAGUCUGGAGAUCUGCUCUCCUGAUGUUCCAGACCUGACGCUCAUUGACCUGCCCGGCAUCGCCAGGGUGGCUGUAAAGGGACAACCAGAGAACAUUGGAGACCAGAUAAAGAGACUGAUCCAGAAGUUCAUCAAAAGACCAGAAACCAUCAGCUUGGUGGUUGUUCCAUGCAACGUGGACAUAGCAACCACAGAGGCUUUGAAGAUGGCACAGGAGGUGGAUCCUGAUGGGGAGAGGACUCUGGUUAUCUUGACCAAGCCUGACCUGGUGGACAAAGGCACAGAAGAGACACUGGUUGAUAUUGUCCAUAAUGAGGUCAUCCCCCUGAAGAAGGGCUACAUGAUCGUCCGGUGCAGGGGUCAGAAGGACAUCACAGACAAGGUGUCUCUGACUGAAGCAAUAGAAAGAGAGAAAGCCUUCUUCAACGAUCAUGUGCAUUUCCAGACACUCUAUGAUGAAGGCCAUGCCACUGUUCCUAAACUGGCAGAAAAACUCACACUUACGCUGGUGCAUCACAUUAAGAGAUCUCUGCCUCAAUUGGAAGAGCAGAUAGAGGAGAAGCUAGAACAGACUCAAGCAGAGCUGGAGAGAUACGGCACUGGACCCCCAACGGAUGACACUGAGAGACGUGCCCUCUUUAUUUAUAAAGUGACAGCCUUCACUCAGGAUGCCAUCAGUCUGACUACAGGAGAGGAAAUCAAGUGUGGAGACCAGCUCAGAAGAGAGUUUGGGAAGUGGAAUGCCCACCUGGACCACUCAGGAAAAAACUUGAACAAGAGGAUUGAGAGAGAGGUGGAGGAAUAUGAAGAGAAGUACCGUGGAAGAGAACUGCCAGGCUUCAUCAACUACAAGACCUUUGAGGUCAUGGUGAAGGAGCGGAUCAAACACCUGGAAGAACCCGCUGUCUUGAGACUUAAGGACAUAGGAGAUGUUGUUAGAAAGGUGUUCAUACAGCUGGCCCACAGUAGCUUCAUUGGAUUUCCUAAACUCAUUAACACAGCCGAGGCAAGGAUCAAAUCCAUAAUGCAACAAAAAGAGUCCAUUGCUCAAUCCAUGCUGAGAACCCAGUUCAAGAUGGAGUUGCUCGUUUCCUCUCAGGACAGGACAUACAGCAGCUGCAACAGUUUGAGUGACCGAAUUAGAGAGGAGGAAGAGAAGGAAGACAAAUGCAAAGGCACAAACUUUCAUAAAGAAAGCAGUAUUGUGCACAGCAUGGAUAAUCAUGCAACACUUCAGGAGCUGAUGUUGCACAUUAAAUCAUACUACAAAAUUCUCAGCCAGCAUCUGGCUCAUCAGAUCCCCCUGGUGAUCCGCUACCACAUCUUGCAGGAGUCUGCCAUCCAGCUGCAGAGUGAGAUGUUGCAGAUGCUUCAGGAUAAACCGAAAUUGGAGUUGUUGCUGAGUGAGGAUUAUGACAUUGGCAGGAAGAGGGAGGCUUUACAGAGUCGCCUCAAACACCUCAUGAAGGCCCGCACAUACCUGGUGGAGUUCUAGAGGAGGUCAUGCCCAACAGCAUGAUUUUGUUUUUCAGCUUGUCACAUACAUUUAUGGUUGGGCAGUAGGUAUAUUAUUUGUCACAUUGGGUAUUAAGUGUAGAAUCGUCAUUUUCUAUACAACUCGUCAUAUUAGAACAUGCUCUGAAAACCAAAAGUUAUUAAUGCACCAUUUCAUGAUUUGGCCUGAACACGUAACUUAACAUUUAGACGAUCAGAGCAUGGUGUCUAAGAGUGAGUGCAUUAUGAUUGUGUUAGAUUUAUCUAGCAUUCUCUCUGUUGUUGUGAUGCUUCAAAUCGAUUAUGUUGACACCAAAAAUUAAGAGAGAGUUGCAAAUACUAUUUAAACAAGCUGUGUCUUGAUAAGAAUAGAGUACCUUUAUUUGAUAUAGCAACUUUCACAGACAGUCACAUAGUGUUUCAUAUGAUACGAUUGUAAAAUAACAAUGAUAAAAUAACAACGGAAUAAAAAUUAAAAAGACUUAUAAACAAGUUAGUCUUAAGCCGUUUUUUAAAAGCAUCAACAGAGAUCACAAACCGUAAAAGAAUAGGAAGGGCAUUCCACAGAGUCGGAGCCACCACUUUAAUGGAACGA